GGAAGCCUCAAACCAGGGACAUGCUCCUACAUGGGAAUUAACUAUUGCUAAUCUCUCAGCUCUAUUACUCAACCAAAGCAUUGCUUGAUGGAAUACGCUCUUUCUUCAACCGGCCAAAGAAUGUUUUCCUGGCUGGACCAAGUGGUGUUUCAGCUCCAUUUUACACAGGCAGGAUGAACAAAACCACGGGCAAUCAGGACAAACCGUCACUGCCUCCCCAACCUCCCAGGCUGUUUCGAGAACAUUUCGUGCCGACCCUUCCGCCAUACACAGGGAAGUACAGCGUUAGUUGCAUGGAGAUUGAGCUCGCCGUAAGGCAACCGCGCGCAUUCCCGCAAGUCGAACGACACGGCAAGCCGGCUCUCCGACUAGACACGGCAUUGUUCUGUGUCUACUACCCGUGCGAUCUCAGGACUGGGGAUCAAUUCGUCGAGACAAGACUCCCGUGGCUUCCCCGCCCGAGAGUGCAGACAUGCAAAGGGUAUGCCAAGUUCUUCAACGUCCCCAAUCUUCCAGUCACGACGUUUUUGGCCAGCACAUCUAUGUUCACGAAAAUGCCGGCUGUACGGAACGCCCAACUCGCGCAGAAGCAUACCGUGGGUUGCGCGGAGAGCAAUGAUCACACUUCAUCAGGGACGAGACAAGGCAACGGAGAAGGCUGUCCAUUUCCGGUUGUCAUCUUCAGUCACGGCCUCGGAGGGUCUAGAACAGUAUGUAGCGCAGUAUGCGGUGAGCUGGCAAGCUCGGGAUUCGUGGUUAUUGCCCCGGAACACCGGGACGGAAGUUGUGCGCGCACCUAUGUCAACGUGGCAAGGCCAACGGCGUCGCCAUCGGCACCGUCAGAUCCUGGAGAGUCGGGUGUGGAUCCGGGCAGUCGGAAGGUGCAGAAGCAGAGGGCUAGGAACUAUUACGUCGUGGACUACCUCUUCCCCGAAGGCAACCCAAGAGACACUGCACCAAACAACGACCGCGGCGUAGACAUGGAGCUACGGUCAGCGCAGAUCGACAUGCGGCUCGAGGAGAUCGAGGAAGUCAUCUAUAUCCUUCAGCUCAUCAACGAUGGAGGCGGAGAGGAAAUCGCGGGACGUAACUUACGCAGAAAGGGCAACGUUGGAUCUAGCUCGCACGGGCUUGAUGGCAUUGACUGGACGACUUGGAGAGGAAGAAUGAACUUGCAUGAUAUCACCAUGAUGGGGCACUCGUUUGGCGGCGCCACGACAGUUCAGGUGCUCAGACGCGAUAGCCAGUUCCCCUGCAUCGGUCGAGGGAUCCUCCUCGAUGCUUGGGGCGUCGCGAUUCCACAGCGCAAACAGGACGCCGCCCAACGGUACAAACCGCUAUUGGCGAUCGGCUCCGAGGCAUUCAUGUACUGGGAAGACAACUUCACGACUCUUCAGAAGAUCUGCCGGGAGGCCCGCGACGGGAACCAGCCGGUUUGGAUGCUUACUCUCCGCGGGUCGGCACAUCUCUCCCAGACGGACUUUGCGCUCUUGUACCCCAGGCUUCUGUCCAUUGUCAUGAAGACGACGGUGAACUCCAGACGGGGCGUGUAUAUGACAGUUGGACUAUGUCUUGAGUUCCUGAAGCUAGUAUUGCCUCCAGAGCAGGUGGAAUUUGGAAGCCCUUGGGUUGGGUCUACGCUCUCGGAUGCGGAUUCAGGGGGAUGCAUAACGCUUGAGCACAGGCCAAAGAAGAAAUGGGUGGCGGCGAGACUGAAGAUCCCGAAGGAAUCCUGUAUCCGUCUGCGUACCUGGGUUAUGCGGAAGAAGGAGAGGGACAAGUGCAAGCGCAAACUUGUGGGACUGCAAGAGGCCAUGGAAGGAGAUGAUGGCGAUAAAGUGUGGAUGCAUUUGGCUCCCAAGUCUGCGGUUAGAGAGAAAUUGCAGAAGUCUACUAAUUAAUUCUAACUAAAAUACAACAGUAGUAGCCUGACACAGACUAUGCACACUGGGGGUCACCAUUGCACACGAGACAUACCCAAGAGCGUCUUCAGCCGGUGUACCAACAGGAGAGCAAGUCUUCGGAUAUCCCACUGGUGUCUCCAG